AUGACGUCAUUGACGAAAUAUGCGGCUUCAGCUUGGCAGUUUCCGGGGUCAAGCUUGCUGUUAUUGAUCGAAUGCUGGGCAACGGUUGCCGCUCUUGCCAUCUUCCGAGGUGGGUACCAACCAUGGAGCUGGAAAGUUUUGAGGCAUUUACCAGCAGCUACUAUUGCCAAAGCGCUGAAUAUGUAUUUGAGUUUUAUUGCAAUGCGACGAACAAGUUUACCUGUCUACAACAUUCUGAAACGUUUGCAGCCCGUCUAUGCCAUGAUACAAGACAGGUUCAUCCGCGGCACAUGUCCGGAUUAUAUGGAAUGCAUGGGUGUUGUGUUGAUUUCUGCCGGCACUAUUGUAACAGGAUUUGGCGAUUUGGAUUUUGACUUGAGCGGCUACAUGCUCGCCUUAUCUGCAGCUGGUUGCCAGUCGCUGUAUCUGGUGUUGGCUCGUAAUGCCCAAGAUGAAGCUGAACUGUCGUCAAUGGAUUUGGUAUUCUAUACAGCUUUCUACAAUUCCUUGUUGUUUGCGCCGCUGACGCUCUUGGAGCUACCUGAUGUGGUGGUUUUCCUACAAGGGCCAGGGGAGGUGUCGAACUUACUGCAGUUCCUUUUGCCAUACGUGCUUUUGGGUGCUGUGUUGAACUUUGCGACUUUCUGGUGCACUGCAGAAAAUUCCCCUCUCGCAACAGCGGUGGCAGGCACUUCAAAGGGUGUCUUGUCCACAGUUGUUGGCAUGCUUCUGUUCGGAGCCCACUUGACUUCGUUGGGAUGGAUAGGUCUGGCAGGUAGCACAAUGGGGGGCUUCGUGUAUUCGUUAGCUCAUGGCAGACAUUCCAAUACGAAGUCCUCAAAGAGGACAUCGUAA